AAAUAUCAUAAACAUUAAGCUCCACCAUCGUAUCAAGAUCUCUCUCUCUCUCUCUCUCUCACACACACAAACAAACACGCAAACUCACAUUUGUGGUACUGUUAGGGUUAAACUAGUUCGAUCAGUUUUUAGUUUUCAUGGCGGUUUUCCUUCCUCUGUUUCUUCUCUCUUUCAUGUUUACCUAUUCAAAUGCGGCGGUUUGUGUAUGCAAGGACGCGAGCGAGCCGGAACUUCAGAAGGUGAUAGACUUCGCGUGCGGAGGAGGUGCUGACUGUACUCAGAUUCAGACGACCGGAGCUUGUUAUCAACCAAACACCAUCAAGAACCAUUGUGACGUCGCCGUUAACAGCUACUACCAGAAGAAAGCUCCAACCGGCGCCACCUGUGACUUUAACGGCGCCGCCGUCAUCUCCACUUCUCCUCCUUCCACUACUUCAAGCUGUUUAUCUAGUUCCAGCUCCAACGGAACCCCCACAACCGGAAAUACAUCCACCGGUAAUUCAACCGCCGGAACUCCAGGCAUUACAAAUCCAACCACAGGCAACUCCACCGGCAAUUCAACAACCAGCACACCUACCAAUGAUAGGCCGACUUCGUCUUCGUUAGCAUUUCCUGGAAAUACUAUGGGACCGGCAAGCAGCACCAGCGGUUUAGGUGGCGGUGAUCCCAACGGUGGAGAAGAGCUCUCCGUCCGAACCACGACGAUCAUCUUACUAGCUACCAUCGCUGCCGUGGCUUUGAAGGUUUAGGUGAAAUCAUCUCGGAUGAUCAUCAUGACAUGGACGCUCAUUUGUUAUAUGAGAUAUUAAAGCCAAGUUAGAGCGUCUCUUUCUUUGCCCACCUUUUAAUCUUUGUAGGGUUGUGACUCUCUCUCUCUCUUUCUUCUAUAGUAUUUUAAUUUGGUUUAUAGAAAACCUUAAUCAAGAGCUUUUCUUGCUUUCUUUUGUAAAUCCAGAAUGCUCUUUGGUUUGUAUUCUUUUUAUUACCUAUCGUUAGUGUCUUAGUGAUGCGUCCCAUGUGUCAUUGUCGAUUUCAACAUCACGAAAUAAUAAAAUGACGUUUGCUAAUUUACUAUGA